AAUGCACUGUUGGAGUUUGGAAAGGUAGUUAAUGUGAAGGAGCAAGUGGUUACUGGUACAAUGUACUACAUCACACUGGAGGCAACCGAUGGUGGUCAGAAGAAACUUUAUGAGGCCAAGAUCUGGGUGAAGCCCUGGCUGAACUUCAAGGAGGUCCAGGAAUUCAAGCCGAUUGGUAACACCCCUAGCACUGCUUAA